AUGUUAAAUGGAUUAAUACGACCAAGCAAUAGAUUACUUUUUUUAAAAUUACCUAGACAGUUGGCAACAAAUACUGCUUUUCUGAAUACUGUGAUACUGGCUAGCUUUCAAGGAAUAUUACCUAGAUCCUUAGAUAUUAUAAUAGAUUUAACCAAUUUCCUAACAUUAAUUUGGUUUCGACGACAAAUUUAUCAAACAUCGAAAUAUAUUUUUUGGAAAAUUGUUGGUUACGGUGCUGGUGUAAAACAAGUCUUAAAACGUUUCAAUGAGCUUACCUAUUUAAUUAAAUCAUAA